AUGAACUUACUCUUGCACAAAAAUGAAAAACCCGAUAAUAAAAUGAAAAAGACAAUAAAUGAACAUGUUGUAUUUAAAGAAAACUAUGAAAGUAUAAUUCCCUUAGAAAAUAAGAGAAUUGCAAUCCCCUUUUGCUAUAGUAAGUGCCCUAUCAACAACAGCUUUUCAAAAAUUUUACUCCCUAUAUAUGCUAGACGUGGUGAUAUAUUCAAUAUAAACUCAAAAAAUGCGAGCAAAGUUUUCUUCUUGAGAAACAAAAAAAAAAGAUCUCAAAAUAAAAAAGACAUGUGCGAGAAAAAAGGAGAUAGAAAAUACAUUGAACUCCAAAAUGUUGAUGCAAACAUAUUCGAGACAAACGCUGGAUCCUUUAAUUCAGUUAACUUUGAAAGUCAUGCUAAGGAGAAUCUUUUGCGAAACACAUUUUCUAAAGGAAAAAUAUGCAGCACAUGCUCAAAUCUGCAAAAUACCAAUACACGAAAUAGAAAAACAAAGUUGGAUCGUUUUGACUACUUGAUGUGUAACGUAAUUAAUAAUAAGCACAAGAAAAAUUUUAAGUUGCACAAAACUCUGGGACCUCAAAGUAAUAUCACAGUUAUAAAUAACAUAUAUUCCAACCAAAUGAAGAUAGUGGACAACCGUGCUCUUACUUUUGUUCAGAUUAGCAAAAACGUUGUGAAUUCAGAAACGAUGAAUGAAAACAGAAGAAAUUCUCAAGACACUAAAUGUGCACUGGUAAAAAAUGAUUAUUUAAUGAACAAAUUAAAAAUAUAUAAUGAUUAUAAUGCGAAAAAGGAUAUGAAAUCAUUUACAAAAUCAGACAAAGGUGAUUACCCUUUCAAUUGUGAAAGUGAGUUAAGGAAAAAACACCCUUCGUCUAUAAUAGAUGCUCAACAGGAAAAAAUAGUGACAGAAAACAUAAAAUGGAACAAUGAAAAGAAUAAUGAUUUAAGACAAUAUAAUGACAUUUUUGAUGACCUUAACCCUUUAAUUAAUGGAAAAAAAAAAAAAAAGGUGAAAAAAAAUGUAGGGACUUGCUUUUUCAGACUAAAUAAUUUUUCUUGUCACUUCCUAACGUCAUGUGAUAAGACAUAA